ACUCGACUUCAACAUACUGCUCACGAACAAACGCGUCUGAAGCAGUGUUCCUUACUAUCGUGCGUACGGUUACACGGUGUCAGUAAUUAGCCCCAUUAAAUCUGCGUUUAAAAUAUCUGACAGUUAUUAAGCUGCAUAGAGAGCCUGUGAUCUAAUUCAUUGCCUGCAAAUUUUGAUUAUUUACGUUUAUACCAGUAACCAACAGCAAAAAUGAAGACUAAAUUCAUCAAUGGCGUGUCUUCCUCGCCUACAUUGUCUCUGGGUUUAUUGGUAAACGAGAAUGUCCUCGAAGUCCAGCCAGACAGUGAGAAUGACUGCAAAGACAUUAUUCGACCGGAUGUGCCCGACAACCAGACGAAGCAUAAGGCGUAUCUGUGGUGUAAAGAAUUUCUUCACGGAGCCUGGAAAUCCAUAGAUGAGGAUGAUUUCCAAAUCUCUAUUAUCAGGGGAGGCCUCAGCAACAAACUGUUCCUUUGCGCUUUGCCAGAGAAGCAACCAAGCAUUGGAGAUGAACCACGAAACGUGCUCCUUCGCCUGUAUGGACAAAUUCUGCAGAUGUCCUGUAAUAAAGGGGAUUCCAGACAAUCAAACACAGAAAAUGACUUUCAAGGAGCUGAUGCCAUGGUACUGGAGAGUGUUAUGUUUGCUAUCCUGGCCGAGAGGGAGCUUGGGCCCAAACUCUAUGGCAUUUUUCCACAGGGGAGACUGGAACAGUUUGUCCCUAGUCGAAAAUUGUCCACAGAUGAGCUGAGUGUCCCUGGUAUAUUUGCUGAGAUUGCUGAAAAGAUCGCCAGAUUUCAUGGAAUGAGAAUGCCCUUCAACAAGGAGCCAAAGUGGCUGUUUGGCACUAUGGAAAAGUACAUGGAUCAAGUGCUUCAGCUCACCUUCACCAGGGAACACCAUCUACGAAAUUUCUCCCGCCUUUUGAGCUACAACUUGCCUCAAGAGAUGGACAGUCUAAAGUGUCUACUUGAAUCUACUCCCUCUCCUGUUGUUUUCUGCCACAAUGACUUGCAAGAAGGAAACAUCUUGCUCCUGAGUGGCCGUGAGAACACAGACAGACAGAGGCUCAUGUUGAUUGACUUUGAGUACAGCAGCUACAGCUACAGAGGAUUUGACUUUGGAAAUUUCUUCUGUGAGUGGACUUAUGACUAUACCUAUGACAAGUUUCCAUUUUUCAUUACGAACACCAAAAAUUACCCCACCAAAGCACAGCAGAUGCAUUUCUUUCAGAGUUAUCUGUUGGAAUCUCAUGCUGGAUUUGAAAACUUGAAUGAGGACGACCAGCUGAAACUCAAAGAGGAUAUGCUAGUGGAGGUUAACAGGUUUGCUCUGGCCUCCCAUUUCUUCUGGGGAUUGUGGUCCAUAAUCCAGGCCAAAAUAUCAACUAUUGAAUUUGGGUACAUGGAGUAUGCCAUGGCCAGAUUUGAUGCAUAUUUUGAGCUGAAAAAGAAGCUCAUGGUUUAAAGGAAACAUGCAUAAAUUCCCAACCGACAGAAGGAAGAGGGAACAACCGCUCAUAUGGUGUCAAGAAAAGAGCGGAGGAAAUUUCGAAUGUGCUUGAAAGAGGAUGCUCUGCAUCUGUAGUGAUUCAACCGUGCUGCAUGGACCAAAAUCAAUGCAAUUGAUAUAUUUAAAAAAGGCUCUGUGCAUUGAGUGUCCACAUAUGCUGCUUCUCAGUGUUUACAAGUUUAAGCUUCUCACAUUUAACACACCAGCCUGAGCUUCUGGACAGUUGGAGAAUAAUAGUGGAGAAUAACGAGGUCAUGUGCCAAAAAAAAA